AUGGAAAAAUACCAGUAUAGGCCGCUUUCGGCGGCUCGCCAAAUCCGUAUUUUUAAGCUUUUUAUUGGUAAAAAGGCCGACGAAUUGUCGGUUUUUAGGUUAGGACAAAUUUAUACAAUGUUUUACGGUAUUUACGAUAGCCCGACGGCGAUAUUUUUUUUUGGGCGGAUGCAUUUUGCAUUAAUUAAGAGGAUAUUCCCGAGCGAAACCAGUAUAUUAGGAUAA